AUGGGCGAGUUACCAUCACGCAUCUCGCAGCACCCGAACCGCCUGUGGCUCUGGGAGAAGAGUGUGUAUGUGGAUGAGAAACAGCGCAGCUGGAUGGCCGUGGUCCUGGAGGAGCCCAGUGUCCUGAAAGUCCUCCUGCGGCAGAUAAACAUCCCCCUCGGGGAGCCGGUGUGCCCCAGCCAGGUCUCUUCAUCGUACAACCUGCCUCUGAUGUGGCAGCUCUAUCCUGGCAAUUGGUACAAAGGCUCCGACUCCAGGUAUGACGACACGGAGGACCUGGUUCUCGAACAGCAGCCCAGUGAAGAGGAGGACCAGUGA